UGCGCGGGUGGAGUGCGCCCUAAGACGGAGAGCAGAAGAAGGUUGCGUUCGACUCCGUUCGGAGGAGACUCGGCGGUUUUGUCACACAUUGGGCAGAAGUUGUGCCUUUGACUCGUGCUGCCUUCCCCGCGUUUCCGACGAGUCCAUUCCGACGCGCAAAGUCGAUGCUCAUUUCCCGUUCGGAUUUGGAUGGAUCCUCCUUCGAUUUUCGCAUUGGCGCUAGCGACGCUCCGCAGUGAGAUAUGCAAGGUGUUUUCGGACACUUUGACAGUCGACCCCAACUGGGGUGUCAGCUGAUUUACAUUUGGGUGAACGCGUCCUGCGCAGCCAUUUUGCCCGCAGGGGCCGCACUGACUUUGGGUGAAGCCGAUGCCAGCCACAUAAACGGUCAAAGGCUGUGCCUGGGCGGGGCCCGGCCGGCGUGCUACAAGAUGGCCUACUUCCACCACGUGUCCAGCCGCGUCGACUUCUGGGAGGCCGAGCUGGCGUGCCGCGUGGAUGGCGGACACCUCGUGAGCAUACGCACGCCGCAAGAACAGAAGCACAUCCAGACGCUCCUGGAGAAGUUGCGUUUGGGAUCGGGAAUAUCAGAUGGCGAUUUCUGGAUCGGUUUGAGGCGCGCGGACGACGACGACGACGAGCGACAUCCUUCCGACGGCGUCGCUCCCUGCCCGCAACGCUACAGGUGGACCGACGGCAGCGCGGCGGCCUUCAGGGAGUGGCACUCGGACGAGCCGUCGUGCGGCGCCGAGUCGUGCGUGGUGAUGUAUCAUCAGCCGGGAGUGGGCGGGGCUUACCUCUACCAAUGGAACGACGACCGCUGCUCCAUGAAACAUAACUUCAUCUGCAAAUACCAACCCGAGCGCCACCCAGAGGAGGAACGCGGGACCACGGCCGCCGGCCGGGGCGCGGAGACCACGCCGGAUGGGAAUCACGUGACCUUGACGGGAACUUCAGGUCCGUUGGCGCUGUACGUCCUCCUUCCCGCCAUCCCGCUGCUGCUCAUCCUGGCGGCCGCCGCGGCCCGCUACUGCCGCGCGCCCGGCAAAAGCCCGGCGGCGAGGCAGGGCCACCUUUGGAUCUCCAAGACGCACAAAGGCGGCGGCGCGGAGCCGUGACGCGGCGCGGCGCAUCCGGGCUACCCGAUUGCAGGCAGGUGAUGAGGGCGGAGUCUCAAGUGUCACGUGACGUCAUUUAUUGGAUCGCGAAGCUAAUUUCCGGGUGUAAAUCUCCCAUCCCAAAAAGAAAGAAAGAGAAAAAAAAAUCAACUUCAAA